ACGUGCUUGAUACCUUUCACUUGCAACGACCGUGACCACGAAGCGGCAGCGAAGGCGGCGCCGGAGAAACCGACUGGAACGGGGGCGAUGGCGUCAUACUUGUGGGCGAACAUUCGGAUAACGACAGGCGUCAUUCUCGGUGGUGCCCUCGGCUUCUAUGUCAUGCACCGCGUUGAGACCAGCUACAAGGAGAGGAUGAAGGAGAGGCUUAGGCAGUACGAGCAGGAGCUGAAGCUAAAGGAGCAACAGCGGAAUCAAGACGAGCUCUUAUCAGAUCCUUGAUUCUCGAACCGAUGUCUUCUUCCCCCCCUUUAAUUUCGACUUAAAUCAGAAUCCGAAAUUGGGGAAUCUUAAGUCUCGAAUAAAGGUUUCACUUCCGAAUUUUCAAUUUGCCAUUUGUUCUUCCUGGCUGAAUCAACCCUAGUUUUUCGUCUCCUCUCGUAUUGCAAGGUUUGUUCUAUAUCAAACCCUAUAUUCACGAACUGCGUCUUUGAGAGGCGUUGUGGAAGACGUUUAUGGAACUAAUUCCUAAGUGUGCUUUAGGAAGAAGACAAUACCAUGUAUUGGGAAUUUGAUUUUGUUGAGCAUGUUAUAUUACUAAUUAACAGACCUACUUUUGCUAGGAAAACAUACGCUUUGCUUUUGAUUAUUGCAGUUUGGUUGCUGGAAU